AUGGAGUUGUUGCUGGUUUAUGAGUGUUUAGGAUGUUUGUAUGAUGCCCUGAUGCAAGGAGAGCUUGAGGUUGUAGCAGGCAGACUGAGAAAGCUUGCGAUAUCUGAGGGGCGUGAUGACUAUCAGAUGCUGGUGGCAAAUGCAGAUAGGUAUGGCAACAAAGCUGAGAUAUUUGAGCUACUAGGAAGGAGAUGCAAUGCGCUUUGUGAGGUGAUGCCUUUGCUGUUUACUUUUUGCUCGAAGCUUAGAAUUGAUGACGAGAGCCUGCUUGGGAGGAUAAUUGACUUUAUCCGAGGAUGCAAGGAAAGCAAUUCGCGUGAGGAGUGUGAAUGGAUAGUCAAGAUAUUGUUUCUUAUUGUUGAGAUGAGCAAGGAGAAGAGGAAGGAUUCUGGAAUACGAUUGAAGCUUAUAGAAUGCAUCAAGAUCUAUGGGGAGCGGGCUGGGAUAGUGAGCCAUCUUAUUGACUUGAUGGGCAGUAAGAGCGGAGGAGAUGCAGUGUGGCCGAUCCUUGAGUCUGUUCCGUCGGUAUGUGGAGAGUUUGUUAGGGCUUGUAUGAAUCAAACAAGCCAAGUUGUGCAGAAGAAUUUAUCUGUUCUGCUGCCACAGCUAUCUGAAAGGCAUGCGGAGCUGUUCUGCGACUAUGAAAGAUUCGAUGAACUCUGUGAUUCUGAGCACUUUUUUAUGCGAAGCUGUUUUCUUGAGGUGUACAUGAAUCUUGUUGAAUAUUUCAAGGCGAAUGGGAACGUUGAGAAGAUGAAUGAUCUUGUUGAUCUGAUUGUAGAGAGGAUGUCUGAUACGUACUUUCUUGUCAGGCAGAAGGCGCUUCAUACGCUUGGGACGUUGUUUGAAAGGAAUUCGAUAUCUAUUGGAAAGCGAGCACAUGUGAUUGAUGGUGUUUGUGGAAGGAUACUGGAUAAAGCGGUUGCUGUAAGGAAGCGGGCAAUUAGUCUGUGCUGUAGAGUGUUGGCGAACCAUCCGUUUGUGUCUGAGCAAACGCUCGAGAAGAGAGAAACAAGUGGCAUUGUGGGUGAUUGCGAAAGACGAUACUAUGAGGAUCUGAAUGAUUUCCAUGAUUCGAUGAAGAAGGCACAAGGAAGCAUUAUGGAGCUGCUAAGUGGAGAAGUUAGAACAGAAGCAGGAGAUUGCAUUGAGUUUGUGAAGCUUGCACUGCAUUAUGGGAUAGAAGGCUCUGAAGAAGCAUUCAGACUGAUAUUCAGGCUUGUAUGGACGCGUGAGGUGGAUUUAUUGGCACAGUCGUUUAGGGAUCUGCUUGUACAGAAGAAACAGGGUGGCAUGCAUGCAUUUGUAUUUCUGAAGAGAUUUGUAAGGCAAGACGGAGACUACUCAUUUGAGAAGAUUCUCAAGGAGCUGUGCGUACGAGGAUACGUAGACAAGUGUUUUGCAAGUGAAUUGAGGAGUAUAUUUAUGCAAGGAUCAUACUUGUUUGAGUCAUCGUAUUUACUGCUUCACACAAGCAGACCUAUAUCAGUAGAUAGUUUACGUGAGAUGCUACUGUACACCACAAAGAUGUUGUUUUCUAGUAAGGGAGAGGAUGAGUUGGCAAGCAUGCUGAGUGUGUAUAAGAAUGUGAUUAGAAUGCGGGCAAGGCAGAAGGUGGAUGCUGCAGAUGAGAUUAUUACCCUGAUGAUCAAGAACCUGGCAAAGAUGGUUUUUUUUGAUCAUCAGGCUGUUGAGAUGACAGUAGAUGCAGUAUAUGGUCUGAGUGCACAGCCAGAGACAAGCAGUGUGGCAUUGAUACAAGGGCUUUGCAGUGCGAGCAAGGGCGGAAUGAAGAUUGCUUGUGCAGUUGGAUGUGUAGCCAUAAGACAUAUGCAAUAUCUCGAGGAGCUGGAGAAGCUCGUGAAAGCAAACCGAAUAAGUGUUAAUGUCGACAGGUCUGUGAUUACACCUGAGAUUACAGAAAGGAGAAAAAGCAUCAAUGCAUCUAGAUUGAGCAUUAGCGUGAUGGCCAAUGAAGAAGGAAGGGCAGAUGCAAUGGCACGUGAUGCUGAAAUUGAGACGGACGUCAAUAUUUCGCCAAAGCUUAUGGAUAGAAGCGAAGAGGAGAUAUCCGAUUUUUUUUUCUAUGUUAAGGAGAAGGAAAUGCUAUAUGGACACAACAGCGUUGUUUGCAAGUUCAAGAGGAUGAUUGAAGAUAUGUGUGUGUCUGUAUGUGAUGAUGCGAGGGUUGUUGCAUACACUGCGCUUUAUAAGCUGAUGUGUGUUAGCUUUGAAUAUUUCUCAAGCCAUUACCAAGCAUUUAUUGCAUCGAUGAGGCAUUUUGAUGCAAGGAUUAGAGCGAAUGCGGUUGUUGCAAUGAGCGAUUUCCUGCAGAACUACAACACAGCUGUUGAAGGCGAUUGCGGCUUGUUGAUCGAUGCGCUUGGAGACGUAGACAUUGAUGUGCGAAAGAAUGCGUUUCUUGUGAUUCACAUGCUUUUGGCAAAUAACAUCAUUAAGAUCAAAGGAUAUGGAGGCAGGCUUGUUACCUUACUAGGAGAUAAUGACCUGAGUAUGAGAAGAAUGGCAGAGAAUCUACUCAUCCAGAUAUCCAAGAACGAGACGAUGAUGGCAGCUUUGUUUUACGAAGCUGUUACUGCGCAAGAAGCCACUUUGAUUCCACACAUUGAGUUUCUUGCAGAGUUGAUUGGAGAAAAAGUACGAGAGAGUUUGUUUGCAAAGAUAUCAAGAUUAAAGAUUCAUCCAGAUCUUGUGAGGCAUAUUCACGAUGCAUUUUGCCUUGAUUCAAAGCUCAGAGAGGAGUUACCUCUGAGCUAA